AUGUAAAACUGGAGGAAUAAAAUUGGUAAUGAAGGUGCAUCAGGCUUAGGUUCUGCUUUAGCAAAGUGCAUUAAUCUCUCAAAUUUGACACUUGAUCUUGGUGUAAAUUAAAUUGGUGAUGAAGGUGCAUCAGGCUUAGGUUCUGCUUUAGCAAAGUGCAUUAAUCUCUCAAAUUUGACACUUGACCUUAGUCUCAAUAAAAUUGGUGAUAAAGGUGCAUCAGGCUUAGGUUCAGCUUUAGCAAAGUGCAUUAAUCUCUCAAAUUUGACACUUGACCUUUGUGACAAUAAAAUUAGUGAUGAAGAUGCAUCAGGCUUAGGUUCUGCUUUAGCAAAGUGCAUUAAUCUAUCAAAUUUGACACUUAAACUUGGAAAUUAAAUUGGUGUAAUCAGUGCAUCAGGCUUAGGUUCAGCUUUAGCAAAGUGCAUUAAUCUCUCAAAUUUGACACUUGACCUUAGGUGGAAUUAAAUUGGUGCAAUCGGUGCAUCAGGCUUAGGUUCUGCUUUAGCAAAGUGCAUUAAUCUCUCAAAUUUCACACAUAUCCUUAGGUCUAAUAAAAUUGGUGAUGAAGGUGCAUCAGGCUUAGGUUCUGCUUUAGCAAAGUGCAUUAAUCUCUCAAAUUUGACACUUGACCUUAGUCUCAAUGAAAUUGGUGAUUAAGGUGCAUCAGGCUUAGGUUCUGCUUUAGCAAAGUGCAUUAAUCUCUCAAAUUUGACACUUGACCUUAGCUCUUUUUUCUUUUUCUUUUUAUUGUGA